AUGAAGCUGUUCCUGUUCCUCACCGGGCUCGCCCUCGUCAGCGCCAGAGCACCCUACGUGCCCAUCCUCACGGAUUACCACGAGAAGAUCGGUAUCCCGGAGGCAGCCAGGAUCCAGAAGGCUGAAGCAGCGGCAGACUUCGAUGGCAAUAGGAUCGUAGGAGGAUCGGCAGCUGGCCUGGGUGCACACCCUUAUGCCGCUGGUCUGAUCGUAUCUGGUAAUCGAGGCACGUCGAUGUGCGGUGCCUCUCUUGUCACCAACACUCGUCUAGUCACCGCUGCCCACUGCUGGCGUACGAGCAAUUUCCAGGGCAGCUCCAUGAUUGUCGUACUCGGCUCCAUUCGACUCUUCUCCGGUGGUACCAGGAUCACCACCAGCAACGUUCAAAUUCACGGCAGCUACAACCAGAACCGCCUCACCAAUGACAUCGCUGUCAUUUCUAUCAGCCAUGUCAAUUAUAACAAUAACAUCCGAAACAUCCAGCUACCAUCCGGCCUCUUUCUUAGCAUGACGUACGCUGGAGAAAGGGCAGUCGCCGUGGGCUACGGCAGAACCUCCGACUCUGGUUCCGCAAGCUCCAAUCCAGAUCUUCGUCAAACGACCAUAACGGUGAUCCAGAACUGGGAGUGUGUUAACAUCUAUGGACCUAAUACUAUCAUCUCGUCCACACUCUGCACGGACGGUUCACGCAGGACUGGUCCAUGCUCCGGAGACUCCGGUGGUCCACUGGUCUACCAAUUCCAAAACACCAGAUAUUUGAUCGGAGUGACGUCAUUCGUUGCGGCAGCUGGUUGCCAGUCUGGUCUCCCUGCUGGUUACGCGAGAGUCACCUCCUUCGCCAGCUGGAUCAGAGCAAGAAUCUAAGACAAAUGAUCGGAUACCGGAAAAGUGAUUCAUUCCAGAAACUGUAUAUCCUUGUGUC